AUGAAGGUGGUGGUUCUUGAGGGUAUUAGUGGUGGAAUUAGGGUGAUUCUACAUAUGGUUCAUACGGUUCACAAGGUGGUUGAUAUGGUGGAUACAGAUUGGGAUCAUAUGGAGGUGUUUGGUGGUUUGAGACAUACAGGAACCCUAAUGUCCACUCGUGGACGAGAUCGAGCACAUUCACGAGAAAAUAGGAAUGAGCAACCGGCAGACAACCAUGCCGAAUUUAUGGUGGCAAUGACAAAUUUAGCGAACACUAUGGAGGCUAAUGCUGUUACGACUCUGCAAGCUAUGCAGAGGUUAGGCCAACCGGUCGGAAACGAAAAUGAGAAUGGCGAAGGAAAUGCAAAUGACAAUGCUGAGGGAAACAGCGAUAACACGGGAGUUGCUCUGAUGACCUUGACGAUUUUUCUCAAGACGGACUUCUACAAGAAAUACUUUCCUGAGUCUGCUAGGGAAGCGAAGGAGAUGGAACUUAUGCAGCUGAAGCAAGGUUCCUUAUUGGUGGCAGACUACACAAGUAAGUUUGAGGAGCUUUAUAGGUUUUCUAGGGUGUGUCGGGUUGCCCCGAAGACCUACGAGAGCUGGAAGUGUAUCAAGUACCAAAGGGGCUUGAAGGAUAACAUAAUGACUGUUGUGACUCCUAUAGAGAUUUGUACCUUCUCCGAUUCGGUAAAUAAGCCGAGGGUGGUUGAGGAGUAUGCCAAGACAGUAGCUGCAUCCAAGGACACUCAUGGAGGGAAUACUUGUGGUUGCUUCAACUGUGGAUUGCCUGGUCAUAUUACGAAGGAUUGCGCUCGUGGGAAGAACCCGAAUGCAGGUCAGAGUCAGUAUCAAGGUCGAGUUUUUGCUGUGAACGCCAAGGAUGCUUCUAAGGCGGAUCCGUUGAUGAGAGGUAUAUGUCUAAUUAGUGAUAAAACCUUAAUUGCAUUGUAUGAUACUGGAGCUUCAUAUUCAUUUAUCUUAUUUGAUAAAGUUGAGGAAUUAGGCUUGAAAGUGCCAGAGUUAGCAUUUGAAUUGCAUGUACAUACUCCGCAUCAGACGGUUAUGACUAGGUCAGGUUGUAGGCAAGUAGGAUUUAAACUGGAGGGUAGAGAUUUUAUGCAUGACCUGAUUUGUUUGCCAAUGGUUGGAUUGGAGAUUAUUUUGGAGUUUGAUUGGUUGUCAAAGAACCGGAUUUUGUUGGAUUGUUUUGAAUGGUCGAUUCAAUUUAUGCCGGAAGGAGAAAAUGGAGGAGUGGUAGCUGAGGGUUACUACCUGAACUCUGUAAUGGUGCACUGUAAUGCGAAAAAGUGUCAAGGUUAUAUCUUGAUGACUGCUAAUGCAUCGGGCGAUGCCCUGAACUUAGAUCAAAUCCCGAUAGUAAGAGACUUUCCUGAGGUAUUCCCGAAAGAUAUCCCUGAGUUUCCACCUCAAAGGAAAAUUGAAUUUGCAAUUGAAUUGGUGCCGGGAACUGGACCACUGACGACUGCGCCGUAUAGAAUGGCUCUGAUAGAGCUGGAUGAACUAAAGACUCAGUUGAAGGAGCUUUUGAAUAAGAGGUUCAUUCGACCGAGUGUAUCACCGUGGGGAGUACCAGUUUUAUUGGUGAAAAAGAAAGAUGGAGGAAUGUGA